ACGCAGUACUCGGGCAUGAAGUUCUGUACUUUGACGCGAUACGAAUAUCAGUGGUACGAAGAGCACAGAAAAUGUUCGGUUCGGUUCCGUUCCGUUCCGUUCCUUUCCUGUGUGUGUGUUGCCGCCUCAUACGAGCAACGUAACGAGUACGAGAGCAAACUGUGUAUAAUUGCUGUUGACUGGGGUCUGGUCUGGCCUGGCCCGGCCCGGCCUGGUCUGGGCUUCUUUUUUCGUGCUAUUAUCUACAUGGAUGACGAAUGCUUCCCCGCCAUUUCACUGAAGUCGGCCACCAGUGUGCGGGCCACCAUCGAUCCCAAAUGCCUGACCCUCCACCCGCAAUCGCACACACCCGCCACACACAGCAGCCGCGUGAGCUGCAGUCCCGCCCUGAGCUCAGAGCUGACCACAGCCACAGCGACUUUGACACGGGCCGGGCUCCAGACGCACGCGCACCACCUGCAGAGCGGGAGCAACAGCAACAGCAACAGCUCCAGCCACAGCCACGUGGUCGCCGCUAUGGAUCACUAUCAACUACCUCACUUGUACGACAAUGACUGCAGCUCGUCGUUGUCGUCGAUUCGGGAUGGCAGCAUAUCACCGGACAUCUGCUCGGACAUUGAGAUCGACGAGUCGGCAAUCAAGGAUGAGCCCAUGUCGCCCGACUCCAGCUGCCCCGCCAGUCCCAACUCACAGGCGAGCAGCUCCCAGCAGCACCAGCUGAGCCUCAAUCUGGCCCAUCUACAGACGGAAAUGCUCUUUGAGCAGAAGCACGGCGGCCUCUUGCUGACCAGCAGCAGCAGCAGCAACAAUCACCUCAUUAAGUCCCAGCAGAGACAGCACCAGCACCCGCUCCUUGGACAGGGCGAUCUUAUAAUGGCCAAAAUGGAGAUCAAGAGCGAGAAACAAAACACCAGCAACAGCAGCACCACGAGCAGCAGCAGCUCGGGCAAGUCACAUGCCUACGGCAUUCCCCUGACGCCGCCAUCAUCUCUGCCCAGCGACGAUUCCGAAGGUAACUUGACACCGGAACAUUUGUUUUCGCCACUGUCGCCCAACGCUUCCGUUUCUAUAUCCGUGGCCAAUGCAGCCAAUGGCGAGUCAUCGACCAUGGUGCGGCGAAACGUUACCGGCAUCACGCGCUCUGCCAGCUGCGGCGGUUCCGGCCCCGGCACCGGCACCGGCUCCAACACCAGCACGACCACAACAAGGCAGCCCAUACACACGCCGUUGAUAAGCUCCCAGCCGAAGGGCUCUACAGGCACACUGCUGCUGACAGAGGAGGAGAAACGCACAUUGCUGGCCGAGGGUUAUCCGAUACCGCAGAAGCUCCCGCUAACAAAAGCCGAAGAGAAAUCGCUCAAGAAGAUCAGACGUAAAAUUAAAAAUAAAAUCUCUGCUCAGGAAAGUCGUCGCAAGAAGAAGGAGUACAUGGACCAGCUGGAGAGGCGCGUGGAAAUUCUUGUCACUGAGAAUCACGACUACAAGAAGCGCCUCGAGUCGCUGGAGGAGACCAAUGCCAAUCUACUUAGUCAGCUGCACAAAUUGCAGGCCCUAGUUAGCAAGCACAAUGUGAAAAAGUCCUAAGCCAGGGACCCAGGACGUGUGCCGGUUCCGUUUCUUGUUUGCCCGCCUUCCCGAAAUACCUAUAUAUCUAUACCUAUUUACCUAUACCUAUACCUACACCUACACCUACAGCUAUACCUAUAGCUACAUAUAAAUGUAUAUGUAUAUAGAUAUCUAUACAUUUUUUUUUUGUAUUUUUUGUUCCGCCUAUUACUUCUGAAGUUUUCUGUGAGAGUUUUGAAGAAUUUAUAAGACUUGCGCUGUUAGCAAGGAAAUGUAAGAAUUUUUGUCCGGCUUUUUGUUAGCACAAAUCGGAAGAAAUGUCCUCCCUCCCUCCUACUCCGCGACUGUUCAUCCUGCUUUCCCACUCCCCUUCCCUCCACUCCAUACAUAUUCAAAAAAGAUUUAGCACCCAGAUGCCUAUAACUAAUACCAUAUAAUUUGUGUGUAUGGAUGUAUGUCCUAGCUACUUGUAGAACGUUUCUUAUAUAUAGAUAUGUAUAUUAGUCAUGCAUUCCUGUUAUAUAAACUUUACCUAGAGUAACUCCAACUCCAACUACAACCACAACAGAAACGAUCGACGAGCUCAAACAGCAGAAGCCAAUUCAGAAAAGCGUCAUAAGAGAAGCUAACUAACAAUAUUGUACUCGUAAUAGAACGAAAUCAACAGACCAAAAAAACAAACAACAACAAAAGAAAAAACAAAAAAGAAAAAAAAAAUUCAAAGAAGAAAAGCUUAAAAAAUGGGAUAUGGCAUGCUUUGAUGUGGGUUCUGUUCGAUCUGAUCUGAUAUAAUUUAACUUUAUCUACAUAAGCGAGCAGCGAUAUACAUGUGCAUACAUUAUGUUUUAGUAAUGAUUGAAUGAAUGAACGAAAGACCUCGGAGCCGCAUCUCUGCACUAUCUUUGGCAUGACUCUUGUUCCUUUAAACGUCAUUUCUCAAGCAAACGAAUGAUACGAAAGUAUAUACCUAAACAAUUCCAUAAUGGAGCUAGAUAGAAUGAUUUCACAACGAACUACAUAUGUUUAUAUGCUGAAUUUUAGUUUCUUUUCAUAAGUUUAUCACCAGCAACCGCAAAGAAACGCACCAAUGUAGAAUGUAGAAAGUAUCUUGAAUCUUGAAUUGGUUCUCUGUCGCGUUGCCUGGCCAAGUUAAACAAUUUCCGAGCCAAUUAUGAAAAUGAAUUAUUGUUUGUUAAGUUUAAUAUUAUAAGACGCCGCUGCACUGACCUCAAAGUCCGAGGGCAAACCCCAAUUUAAUCAAAUUUUGCAGCAAUUAUUUUUUUUUUUUUUUACAUCUUAGUGCAAUUUUUUGGCAUAACUAGAAAUGCAGAUGUUUCGCGCUUUUUCCGCGGCGUUAAAAAAUGAGUCAUUCUAGUUUAAAUUAGUUGAAUUUAUCUAAAAACUAAAAAAAAGAAAAAUACUUAAGCGAAGUUUUAAGCGUAAACCGAUGAUUUCUUAUUAAAUCGAUAAUACGAGUACUAUCUAUACAAAAUAUUUUAGGUAUUUUAAUGUAUUUUUGUUUAUGUGUGUGUAAACCAAGCGGAGUUGUGCAAUUGUUAGUAAAAUUAAACAACAAAGAAAAACCUUAUAGAAAAAUAUGGAAACACACUGAAAGAAAAAGCUUGUGCAAUGACAAAAACUUGACUAUAAAAUUCGUUAAAAAAUAAACAAAUAAGAUACGAUAAUAGCAAUCCAUUUGGAAAAGUAAAAGCGUUUUGAAAUGUUUAUACACAAAAGUACAGCAGUUUUAACGCAUAUUGUAAACUAAAAUUGAAAACGAUUCGAACGAAAACCAGAAAAUAUACACAAAAAAAUUGUAAAACUUUUAUGAGUGGUUGCUGUAGUUUGGAAUAAGCAAGUGCAAUUCAAAAUAAAACGCAAACAACCAUUAGAACAGCA